AUGGCGGAUAAACUAGUGACCAAAGCAGAUCUUGACGGAAUCACUAUGGCUUUUACCAUGACUCUAACUGCUUUGACUGAAUAUAUGGUGAAUUUAGUAAAUCAGGUAAAAGUUUCUAGUUUACGCACCUUGCAGAAAAACUCUAUAUCUUGCAAACCUAAGAGAAACAUUCCUAAACUAAAGAAAUUGGAGACAAUUUCUAUUAAAGAGACAAGGUCUGAAAUUGUCAAAGGGGCAUCAAAGAAUAUUGAAGUAAAUUAUGGUGAUGAUGAAUUUGAUUUUCAACAAGUAGAAGGCGAGACCAAAGGUUAUGAUACUUGUAAUGAAAAAGCAUUAGGACCCAAGUUGAAUUUACAGGGUGUUGAAGAAGGAACUGCAUUAACAAAUACAAAGACAAUAGCAGCCUCAACUCAUUUAGAAUUAAUCAGUUCGUCACAAGAACAAGAUGUUGGUGUUACAGAUUCUCUAGAAAUUGCUAAGCUUAGUGAUGAUCAAGAUGAGAUCCAAGGUUACAUUACUGGCAAUGAAAAUUCAAGUGCAGAAACCAUAAAAGAUGUUGGUGUUAGAGAUUUUCUAGGCACUUCCAAGCUCUCUCCUAGAAAUAACGUUCCUUUGCCUCUUGCAUUUCAGUUUCCUUCACUGUGUUCUGAUGAAGACCCUACUCAAAUAGUGGAAGAUUUAAGUUCUCCUUCUUUUGUCUCAAGGGAGCUUGAGCAACUGGUCUCCAAGAAGCAUUUAGAUAACGAGGACUUGUCUUUGUUGAUUGAUUUUCUUGUUAAACAUCCUUCGCUUCUUUUAAGGGACACUUCACUUGGUAACGGAUACAAGGGUUAUGCAUACAACUCCCUAGUUAAGCUAUUGAAAUUUCUCAAAACCCAUAGUGUGUUGGAUGUGUUAGGUUCAAGUCACUCAGAAUUUGUUGAGUUAUUUAAAGAUGUGCGCAGUUUUGCUUUUGACAGCAAGGGUUUGUUGGAUGGUGUUGAAAAACGCGUUUUCUUUCCUUAUUUGCAAUUUUCUCAAGAUGCAUUGCAAAAAUUAUUCGAUUCGAAUAAACAAGUUACCGAGGAUGUUGAAGUGGUGAGUUUGAAGAUAAACAAUUUAACUCAACAUGUGGAAGAUCUUAAGCAUCAAUUGACAUCCUCUAAAGCUAUUUUGGAAAGUCUGACUAACCAGGAGAGAUCAAUUUUGGAAUCUAAGGUUGAUUUAAGUGCCCCUAUUGGCUAUUAGAGUAUUUUCCCUUGCAUUGUGUUACUACAAUUUCUAUUGUUGUUAGAGAUUUUACCCUUGAAUCUUGGGUAAUUUCUUUUAUCGUUUGAGUGAACUACUAUCUUAUUA